CUAACCAACAUGCGGGCUAACAUAGUAAGAAAGAUUUUCGGUCGAAAGAAAGUGCCUGCCGAGGAGCCAAAGAAAGUGUAUCCUGUAGUCGAGGAUUUUCUAAUGCUGGCCACCAAGUACUUCUACUCAAUAGGUGUGGUUCCCUACGAAUCGGAUGAGAAACCUAAUUUUGUACUUCACCUAUACCUGGGAUUCCACGUAGCUAAUCUGCUAUUCGUUUGGUUCACAAUGAUGGUGUUUGUGGUGAAUUCUGUUCGUGACAACGAAGACUUUCUCAAGAUUUCCAUGGUUGUGGGCUAUAUUACUUUCGGCAACGUCGGCGUCCUAAAGAUUUUAGUUGUUCAAUUGCAAAAGAGAAAAUUAACCAGCUUAGUGCAAAAUUUGAAGUCCCUAUUUCCACAGCCAAAUAAGGGGACGCACGAGGUCAUCAUGCAGGUCAUCAUGCACUUCGAUAGAUUGGCCAAGGCACUCAGGGAGUUCGAUAAAUGGUGUUCAAAUGGAGCUGAGGAGGAUUUAAAUGAGCUGAGAACCCUGAUCGUCUAUCACAAUCAAGUUCUGAGACUCACGAGCAAGAUGAACGACAUCUUUGGAGUUCCAUUACUAUUGAACUUACUCAACUCUUCGAUGCUCAUUUGCAAUGUGGGAUUUCAGUUGACCAUUGGCAUCAGUUUGGAGUAUAUCGGCCAGCAGGUGUUAAACAUACUCGCGGCUCUGAUGGAGGUCUACCUCAUCUGCUCCUUAAGCCAGAUGCUUAUUAAUGCGCCUUGCCGUCUACAAUAUGAAUUGUCUGGAGUACGAUACCAAAUUCCGGAAAAUGCUCGUCCUAGUAGUUAUGCGAGCCCAGAAACCCGUCUCCUUGAAUGCCACAGCAUUCCUGUCCACAGUCUCAAUGGGGACCAUGACCACUUUCAUGCAAGUAUCGUACAAGUUCUUCUGCGCUAUUCGGAUGAUGUAUCAGUAAAAAGAUUUUUUAAUGGAUUUUAUUGCACUGUUUUUAAAUAAUUGCAUUUUAUAUGAAAUCUAAUAAAUACGACUCGACUAUUGAUCCUGCUCAAGAAUA